CCCAUACAUACUUACAAUAAGCCUACAACAAUUGAUCGAUCGACCCAAAUUAAUCAAGACUACGUACACAUACAGCAAGAGCGCCGAGAUAUGAUGAGCUAUUCUACUACUAGUCGUGGUAUUGCUAGUGGAAUCGCUGGUGCAGUAGUAGCAGUGGCCCUAUUAUUGCUGUUGCUAAUGGCGGCAGAGGGUGGCGUAGCAGCACAAGGACCAGGAGGGUAUGGAGGAUAUGGAGGAGGAGGAUAUCCAGGAUCGGGCGGAUAUGGAUAUGAUGGUGAUGAGUCUUCAGCCGGUGAUGUGCUGAGCAUGGAGUACUACUCCAUGAGCUGCCCCUACGCGGAGAUGAUCGUCCGAGACGUGGUGGGCGAGGCCAUCUACAAGGACCCAACCCUCGCCGCCAGCCUCAUCCGACUCCACUUCCACGACUGCUUCGUCCGCGGCUGCGACGCCUCCGUCCUCCUCGAUUCCACCCACAAGGCCACCGCCGAGAAGGACGCCCUCACCAACAAGAGCCUCCGGGGCUUCGAGGUCAUCGACGCCGUCAAGGCCGCCCUCGAGGACCGCUGCCCCGGCACCGUCUCCUGCGCCGACGUCCUCGCGCUGGCCGCCAGAGACUCCGUCUACAUGGCCGGGGGGCCCUACUACGACGUGGCCACGGGGCGGCGCGACGGCUUCGUCUCCGACGCGGCGGACACCAGCGCGCUGCCCGCAGCCACACUCCAGGUGUCGGAGCUCAAGACCGUGUUCGCUUCCCAUGGGUUCACCGUGGCAGAGCUGGUGGCCCUGUCCGGGGCGCAUACGCUGGGGCAGGCCCACUGCGCAAACUUCAAGAACCGCGUCAGCGGCAACAAGUUGGACCCCACGCUGGACGCCCAGAUGGCGGCCACGUUGGCGACCACGUGCAAGAAAGGAGGCGACGGGGCCACAGCCAAGCUGGACGCCACCAGCAACGUCUUCGACACGGACUACUUCAGGGGAAUCCAGGGAAGCAAGGCGCUGCUGACGUCGGACCAGACGCUGGCCGGGUCGCCUGACACGUCCAGCCUCGUCCACAUGUUCGCCGAUAGCCCGGACAUGUUCUUCGACACCUUCAUCCAGGGCAUGAUCAAGAUGGGCACGCUCGACCUCAACCCCAAAGGAAACGUCAGGAAGAGCUGCAGGAUCAUCAAUUAAUUAUUAUCAUCCCCCCUUGCAGGCAGGCAUAUCGUGAAGUGAAUCCAUUCCAUCAUCGAUCGAUCAUAUAUGCAUGUACGAUAAUAACGACACUCUUUCCGCUUCAAAAUGUACCAAAUAAUACUACACGUGCGGCAAGCUUUCGUCAUAUAUAAAUAUUACAACUUUGUACUGCAA